AUGGUCGUUUACAAUUGUGUCGACGAUGAGGAUUUCAUUGCGAAAUCCGACUACGGUAUCGGCAAACGCGUAAUUCUGUACUUUUAUUUGAAUCGCGGAGAGAAAUGCCAGAAGAUUCAGCCAGUUUUCGAAGAUCUCUGCCAAAAAUACCAACAAUCUGCAAUCAUUUACACCUACGAAGUAUACAGUGAUGAUUUAUUAGUCGGAGAGGCCUUCAAUAUCAAGAAAGCGCCAACAGUCAUUGUAAUGGAUGACGGAAAUGAGAUUGAGAGGAUCGAAGAACCUGAUGAGGAAACGAUGAAGCAAUUUUUUGAGAGAUACGCCGUCGAACAAUAA